AUGGCUGGUAUACGUUUUGAAAAGGAUAUUGAUUAUCAUAAUGAAGACGAUGGAGAGUUAACUGCUGCAGAACCAUCCACUCCUCGAAGUCGUCGUCUUCAAUCAUUUGUUGAUGAAUAUGGAACUUAUAGACCACAUUUAUCUAGAAUUGAUCAUAUUAAACGUUAUCUAAAAAAACAAUUUGCUACAUUUACUUUUCUAUGUUGUUUAAAUUCAGUCUUGGAUAAAAUACCACUUCUUCGUUGUUUAAAAGAAUAUAAUAUUCGUAAAAAUUUAUUUGGAGAUAUUAUUGCUGGUAUUAUUGUAGCAAUCAUGCAUAUACCACAAGGUAUGGCUUAUGGGGUUCUAACAACAUUACCACCUAUUUAUGGGUUGUAUGUUUCAUUUUUUCCUGUGAUUAUCUAUAUGAUAUUUGGUACAUGUCCACAUUUAUCUAUUGGAACAUUUGCUGUUAUAUCAUUGAUGAUAGCACAAGCGCUUGAAAGUGUGAUACAACCAUCAAUGAGUAUAAUAAAUAAUAAUCAAACAUCUUCUACAUUUUCAAAUGACUCUGAUUUAUUUUUAAUUAAUGAAAAAAUUGGUACAGCUACUACACUUGCUCUUCUUGUUGGCAUUGUUCAAUUAAUAUUAUCUUUCCUACGACUUGGAUUUUUAGCUAUCUAUUUAACUGAGCCAUUUAUUAGCGGUUUUACAACUGGUGCUGCUUUACAUGUUUUUACGAGUCAAAUUCCAUUAAUAUUCGAUAUAAAAGCUCCACGAGGAAUAAAUGGAGCAUUUAAAUUACCAAGAUUCUAUAUUAAAUUAAUUAGUUUAUUAAUACAUAAUAUUAAUUUGGUAUCAACAGCUAUUGGUAUUAUAUCUAUUAUUGUUCUGUAUGUAGCUAAAUAUCUAAAUGAACGUUAUAAAUCGAAAAUUCGUAUUGUACUGCCAUGUGAACUAAUUUUAGUAAUUAUUGGUACAAUUACAUCACAUUUUACAAAACUUCAUUCAAAACAUCGUGUAUCAGUAGUAGGAGAAAUUAAACGAGGUUUACCAUCACUGACAGUUCCUCCAUUAAAUCAUUGGAAUCAAUUAAUUGUACCAGCUAUUACAAUCGCUGCUGUUAGUUUGUCUAUUUCAAUAUCAAUGGCAAAAAUGUUUAGUCGAAAACAUGGUUAUAAAGUUAGCUCGAAUCAAGAAUUAUUAGCUUAUGGAAUCUCAAAUGUUUUUUCAUCAUUUUUUCAAUGUUAUCCAAGUGCUGGUUCAUUGAGUCGUUCAGUUGUACAAGAAGGUAGUGGAGGAAAAACUCUUUUAAUCGGUGGUUUUUCUUCCAUUGUUUUGGGUACAGUUAUUAUUGCAUUGACUCAUCUUUUUCGAUCUUUACCUAUGACCUGUCUAGCGGCAAUUAUUAUUGUUAAUUUAAAAGGACUUCUUUUUCAAAUGAAAGAUUUUAUGUUUUAUUUCCAAAUUAGUUUAUUGGAAUGUAUUUUAUGGACAAUGACAUUUGUCUCUGUUCUUUUGUUUGAUGUUGAUAUUGGUCUAUAUGUUGGUAUGUGUACAUCGUUUGUUAUUAAUACAAUACGAACACAAAAACCUCGAUUUGUCGUACUUGGUCAAGUUGAAGAAACUGGACUUUAUAAGAGUAUUGUUUAUUUUCCUUCAGGACAUCAAUAUUCUAAAAUAAAAAUUCUUCGUUUUGAUGAAUCACUCUAUGCGUGUAAUGCACCAUUUUUUAAAAGAAAAUUUUAUGAACUUAUUGAUAUUCAUCUAUCAUACUCACCACUUAUUAGUUGGGGAGAAAAGACACAAAAAAAUCAUAAAAAUGAACCAACUUACAAAUAUGUUAUUCUUGAUUGUUCACCAUUUAAUUAUAUUGAUACAGUUGGAGUUAAACUACUUAUUCAAAUAUUCCAUGAUUUGAAAAAACGAGGAAUUACACUGUAUUUGAGUGAAUGCCGACUCGAAGUUCGUCAUACAUUUGAUGUUAUGAAAUUUUACGAACAAACAGAAUCUGAUACAGUUUAUGUAACAACACAUAGUGCAGUGAUGGCAGCCAGAAAUGCAUUAAAUAACGAAUCGGUGAACAAUGAUGAAACAAAUGAACUGGUGGAAAGUCAGCUUUAA